CGAGAAACACCUGUAUAAGAGUGCGGUUUCCUUACCUUCGUUUGACAAGUAUUUAAUGUACACACACAUGGCGAAUCCUGCGGUUAAAGUUCUGUUUGUGGUGGUGGUUUUGUUCGCAUCCUCAUCCGCUUUGCCUACGACAAAAUGUGCACGUGCGUCACCAGAGGAGCUCUGGUAUUCUGAUUACUCACCGAUGCUCAAAUCCACCUGUUUAGAGGAAAUGUCGUACUACUUUCGGCUGAUCUUGGACCGAGUGGAAGGCGAUCAUUUAUUCACUUUCAUCCCACACAUUAAGGAGGAUCCAGAGAAAGCGAAAAACCUCACAGAGAGCAUGACCUUGGCAGAAAAGACAGCCCUUUUUCUUAUGGGACAAGCAUACGACGUCAUAGAAGACUCUUGGUUGACCCUCGGAGAAACCAGCCGUCUGUUUUUGGCUGGUGGUGCGCCGGCCAGUGAGGUGGUCCGAUCGAUGGAAAACCUACAAAAAGCCCAUGUUCACGCAAACGAACUGCUAAUUGACGCUGGCCGCAAAAUCGCAUUUUUCUUCAGAGAUAUGCUGGAAUUAGCUAUUGAAGGAGUCACGCUCAUGUUAGAAACAGAAGUGGACGAAGCACCGGAAGGUGAUUAUGAACUGGCUAAAUUGAUACAGGAGAAAAUAAUAAAGACAUCACCUUUAGAUUUAAUUGGCAUCAUUGUUCGUCGAUUUAUUGGCAGAAGCAUGGGCACUGUACAAACAUCGCCCAACAAAGAUGCUCCAGAUGUUCUAUUCAGUGUUAUGCCGAGGAUCAAUCAGAUGGUUAAUGACUUUAAAGCGAUGAUGGAAAGUGAACUGUUGACAGCCGAAAGUUGGACAUCCUUCAUGGAAAAAGAGCUCGAAAAGUCUUUGGUGGCUACAAAGAAACGCGAGCUAGAAAACUUUGUGCUUAUUUAUCGUAACGAAAUUUACGUUUACGAAGUGCUAAUGAAUAUGAUCACUUCCUACACUGAAUAAAGAACUAUCUAACGUGUCUAGUGCAAUACAACUGAU